AGCUCUGGCCCCAGUCCAGCACAGACCAGCACGCAUUCGUAGGACGGAGAAGCUUACGGACUGCCAUGGCGCGGGUGGAUUCCGCCCAUUUGUGGGCGAACUUCUUCCAUGUGCUCGAAGAGCAGCUGCAAGCGUUGAGGGCAGAGCAUGAGAUCUUAAAAGAUGAGGCAAGCGCAUUGAGACGUUGUUUGGACAAAUCAGGCGUUUUGCCCUCCGCAGACCUUGAAGAGGAACUGCGCCAAGUACGUGGGGCGAGUCACAGGAGGCCCAGCUCGAAGGAAGAAACGACUUCGAAGAAGUCCUCUGAAACCGAAAAGUCCCCUCAAGCUCCGCCGAACACCUCCAGGUUACGAGGUCCACGAGGAGCAGCUGGGCCAGCUGGGCCAGCUCCACCGCCCGAGAACCAAAGUGACUUGCCAUCGGUGCCAUUGCAUGUGGAAGACGUUCGAGCUGGGCCCGACACGGGCAAAUGGGCGACAGAGGAGAUGGAGGUGCGUGACUUUCAAAGCACCUUCCAGGCCGUUCUAGAGGACCAAUCCCCCAGCAGAAGCCAAGUGGCUCUUCGUUCAUUGCAGUCUCUCCUGCGCAGUGACCCUUCAGCACAUGCUUUCUAUCAGGAUCCUAGCAUGCCAGGUGGCUCUGCUCUCAGUGCUGCGGUGCGAGGGCAAAAGAUUGAGGCAGUGAAGAUCUUGUUGAAGGCGAAAGCCGACCCCACCGAUCGAGACGACAAGGGUGUGAGUGCCUUGCACCUAGCAUCCUUUGAUGGGAAUCUGGAGCUGGCCAAAGUCCUGAUCUUGGCCCGGGCGAAGGUGGACGCUUGCGACCGACAUGGCCAAACAGCUUUGUUCUUUGCGCCCAGCAAGGAGAUGUGCAAGCUUCUCAUUGAGAGGAACUCGGAUGUGAAUGUCCUGAAUCGGCGUGGCCAAUCAGCCUUGCACAUGGCGGGCAUGGCAGGACUCCAUGAGCUUCUAGCCUGGCUGUCUUCCAGGGUGAGCCAGACACUCUCAGAGUUGAAGGACAUCCAUGGCAUCGAUGCCCGAUGCUAUGCCAAGAGGUCCGGCGUCCCUGUGCCCAAACGUGUGCGGACCCCCAGCCCGAGUCGCACGCCUAAAGGCCGCACACCCAGAAGUCCAACGAAGAGCUUGAAGGAUUCCAAGAGUCGAAGCAUGGCAAGCCUGGGCAGCCUGGGCAGUGUGCGCAGUGAUCGCAGUGGCAAGAAUAGCCCAGGACCUUCUAGUGGCGGAGCUGGCAGUGCCAGGAACUUUGAGUUCUUCCAGGUGGUCGACCGCCCCACUGCCACUGCGCAGACACCACCUUCGGUGCUGCCGGAGCCCUUGCCCUUUGUGUCCAGCUUGGAAUUCCCCUUAGGAAGUCCCAUGAGUACUGCCACCUCACCAGGAAGUGUGGCCACCCCUACCGUGGACCCAUUGGAGUCCAUGUACGCAGGUCUUAGCAGCCUUGAGAAGCGUCAGAAGAUGAGGGGUCGCUCACAAACCCUUGAUCGAGAUUUGGCUGCGGUUGUGCAUCCCGCCGUGGGCUCUGAAGAGAAGGAGCUCGGGGGCAAGAACGGCUUCACUCAAGGACUUGAGAGUUCUGAUGGUCUCAAUUUCAACGAUGCCAAGAGGGAGAAGCCCAAGGACCAGAAGGAUCUGGCAGCAGCUGGUGUGCUGCACAGCGAUUUUGCAGCUGCUGGCGUGCUUGACCCGGAUCUUGCAGCUGCUGGUGUGCUGGACGACGAUCUUGCAGCUGCUGGUGUGCUGGACGACAAUCUUGCAGCUGCUGGUGUGCUCGACCCGGAUCUUGCAGCUGAUGGAGUGCUGGACGACGAUCUUGCAGCUGCUGGUGUGCUCGACCCGGAUCUUGCAGCUGAUGGAGUGCUGGACGACGAUCUUGCAGCUGCUGGUGUGCUCGACCCGGAUCUUGCAGCUGAUGGAGUGCUUGACCAGGAAUACGCAGGUACUGUACUUCAGUCCAACAUUGCCCCCUUAGAAGAAGAGUUAGACGAGUGCUUUUAGAUGGUGAAGCCAUGCAAAGCC